GUAAACACCAACAUUGGCCAUCAGUAAGAUGAGUAGGGCGUUAUUUUUAGAAAGUGUCAAUUGGAAAUAAAACCGUCAAUCUGGCAUUACUGUCAUCCGACCAACGAACAUCUCUCCCGCCAAUCAGACAGUGACUUUCUACACAACAGCAGCGUUUUGUGGUGAGUCAUCAUGACUACACAGAGAGUUAUCCCCCUAACUGUGACAUCAAGAUAUGCCAGGUCCUGGGGAACAUGGGAAGGAAUACGGGAACUUGUCCAAAAUUGGCAUGAUGGUCUUCAUUCCAUGGCAGCCAUGUUGGAUGAUCUCCCUUUAGAUACCAGUGUCAAGGUUGAAUUCAGGUGUGAGAAGAAUGUUACCGAACAGAAGUAUGAAGCAUUUAUCAAGAACCCAGUUUCCAAGAAAGAAAAAAUUCUAGGACAUCUUAUAUACAAUGUAUUAGAAAAUAGGCUGAUGCUUACUAAUGAAUGCACAGCUCUGCAGAAGAAGAUCUUGUUGCUAGGGUACAGUGCUAAGGCUGAUACAAAAGAGGUGAUUGGCCAAUUUGGUGAAGGACUAAAAAUAGGCGCUUUGGCACUGGUAAGACAAGGUCAUUUGGUUACCAUGGAAACUGGAAGUGAUAUUUGGGAGUUUCAACUGUUGCAUAAUGAAGAAUUUGGUGAAAAGGUUUUGUCAGUUGUUAUUUCAGAAAGACUUGAGGAUCUAGAUAGCUUCAAUCAAGGUGAAAGUGACACAGAACUGGGCAAGAGUGAGAAGUCCUAUACAUGCACGAAGAUCAGUGGAGUUGAAAACCAACACUGGAAGAAAUUUCUGCCAAGAUUCCUGUUUUUAAGACCUCCAGCAGACUUUGUUAAGACUGAGCUAGGAACAUUGCUGCUGGACCCCCAUCAUAAUGGCCAGCUGUACAUGAAGGGCAUUUGGGUGUCGGACCUGUCACAGGAGGACCUGGCUGCUGGGGUGGACUUUGUCCAUCUACAGUUGGACAGAGACAGGAAUGCUGUGCCCAAGCCUAGUGAGAUAGACCACCAGGUGAGUGGAAUGUGGAUCCGGGCACUGCAGAAGAAACCCAGCCUUGCGGAGAAGUACUAUCACCUGUUGUUUAAUGACAAAUACAGAGAUGUGCGUCAUGCUGCUGAUUAUGCAACUCCAGAAAUGGCUCUUGUAAUUGCAGAUCAGUUUCUAAAACAGUAUGGCGACUCGGCCUUCCCUGUCCUCAACAACACGGAGGCGGCAGACAUUCAGGCUGUGAGGGAUGAGUUGCACAGGACGGCGGUGCUUUGUAAUGACACCAUGAUCAAGCUCUUGAUAAAAUCUGGUCGUUAUGGCAACCUCAACGCAGCAUUAACCCAGCAGCGUAUGAAGGAAUCAGUGACUGUCCCGUAUUCAUCGCUUUCGUCGGAGCAGAGGCGCGUCCUACAGGAGGCCGUGUCCCUUACCAACAUGGCCGACCCAUCCUUCAGUCUUGCUGUCAUAGAUGUUAUCGAUACCCCACGCAGAGAGACCUGCAGUGAGAGAGACAGCAGAGUGUGUAUUCCCACAUGGAUGAUGGACUUGGAAGCGGUCCACACGGAGAUGAACUUUAACCCUUCCCAGCUGAAGAAACAUGUCAAGUGCAAGUGUCGUGAGUCUGUCAUGUGUCAUGCUGUGUUGGAAACAAGAAAGCACCUGAUGACGCUCAACCUCCUCCCCACGACAGAGGCUGGAGGCCACGCCCUGUCUCACUACCCCCUGGUGUUUGUGGUGGCAGCCCUUGCUGCACAGGUGUGUGGGAAGGCCAGUGAUGCCUACUGUGCCAGCAUCCAUCAGCAGGACUCGGGGUCCACUGGAGCAGACGACACUGUCAGUGCUGACCUCCAACAGCGGGAGCAAGGCUACUUGGACACAAUCAAAGCUCUCCAGGCCCAUCUUGAGCUGAUGGAGUCUGAUAGCAUCAAGUCACUUUCGACAAUGGAGAGAAAAUUGAAGUCAGCUGAGACACAGCUGAUGCAGAAGGAGGUGGACCUUGUCAACGAGGAGGCACUUGUACAGACCAAGUUUGAAAAACAACUCAAGCAACUCAAGGUAUCAGCUGAGCUGACAGUGAAAGACUUGAAGACUCGGCUCCAAUCUCAAGACAGGGACAUGACCAACAUGAGCCAGAAACUUCACCACAAGGCGCACCAGUUACAACAAGUCAGGGAGGAGUUGGAGGACACACAUCGGUCAUUGGAAAAGAAGAACAUUGUUCUGCUGGAGGAGUUGUCACACUAUAUCACUCAAAACAGAAACAGAACGGUCAGCCUGUCCAGGUUGAGCAAGGAAGGCUGCCAGAAUGACGACACAGUGACGCGUGAGAAGUGGACGUUGAUCAGCAACAUCUGUGACAUGGUACUGGAAGAGUUGCAGAGUGAAAAGUUUAUUUGUGCAGUUUGCAAAAUAAAGCGGAAAUCCCGUAUGCUGUACCCAUGCGGCCAUUAUUCACUAUGUGAGGACUGCGCUGAUCAGAUGUUGCAGGGGAAGAGGGAAUGUCCGAUAUGUAAACAGCAUGUGACGUCACACACUCGGGUGUAUGAGUGAGGCAGUGUCCGAUAUGUAAACACCAUGUCACGUCACUCACUCGGGUGUAUGAGUGAGGCAGUGUCCGAUAUGUAAACAGCAUGUGACGUCACACACUCGGGUGUAUGAGUGAGGCAGUGUCCGAUAUGUAAACAGCAUGUGACGUCACACAGUCGGGUGUAUGAGUGAGGCAGUGUCCGAUAUGUAAACAGCAUGUGACGUCACACUCGGGUGUAUGAGUGAGGCAGUGUCCGAUAUGUAAACAGCAUGUCACGUCACACACUUGGGUGUAUGAGUGAGGAAGUGUCCGAUAUGUAAACAGCAUGUCACGACACACACUUGGGUGUAUGAGUGAGGCAGUGUCCGAUAUGUAAACAGCAUGUCACGACACACACUUUGGUGUAUGAGUGAGGCAGUGUCCGAUAUGUAAACAGCAUGUGACGUCACACAGUCGGGUGUAUGAGUGAGGCAGUGUCCGAUAUGUAAACACCAUGUCACGUCACACACUCGGGUGUAUGAGUGAGGCAGUGUCUGAUAUGUAAACAGCAUGUCACGUCACACACUUGGGUGUAUGAGUGAGGCAGUGUCCGAUAUGUAAACAGCAUGUCACACACUCAGGUGUACUAGUGAGGGAAUGUUUUUUGACAGCACAGUCAGCAAUAGUCCAGCUAUGUGACCUCGGACCCCAUUGAAGAAAUAGAACAUGCAAUAAGCCAGGUCGAAGAACUUUCUGCAGUCAGCUGUUAGGACAAGCUUUUUAGCAAAAAUACCUCACUGUUUUUUGCAUUCAGCACCAAGGGGUAGUUUUUUAAUGUAUGGAACAGUUUGAUCGGUCACUGUUCGAUAUUGACUAAUGAGUGAUCGCGUGAUAGGGACCACUGUGAGAUAACAGAUUGAUUAUUUUCAAAUUACAAUCUCAAAUUAUGGCAUUUUAGGUAUUUCAUUCUCUGACAACUAUGAACAGACUGAGAUGAUUGCCGACACAACACAUAACAGCAGUGUAUCUAUUCAGAAUACGAUACUUACACACUAAUCCUACACUACACGUGACACAAAAAUAAAAUAAGGAUUAAAAAAAUGAGAUAAUUGGUCCACAGGUAAUGACUUUUCAAAAUAUGGUGUGGGCGGGCGGUGUUAUUGUUUUUGAUUGAUGAAACUAUUAGGCAAUAAAUAGUUGUAUACCAUCAACCUGAGAAAGGGCCUCCUAAAAUAAACAGGCAUACAAACGUCUAUUGCCACCAUGACCAUAACACAAGAUGCUCAGUUAAGCAGUGCACAUGUAAAGGGAAGCAACUGUGUGCCAUAUUGGAUCGCAUUGUUUUUAAGUGUUAGAAUUUUUUUUUUUUUUUGAAAAUGGAAACAAAAACGAAACAUGCUGCGGACUUUAUGAUGAUGUGGGCAGUGCUUGAGAACCAAGACUGUUAUUUCUUUUAGCCGAAAUGACAUUGUUGUUAACAGAGGAAGGGUCAUAAGGAUUUGCAAGAAUGCACACGCAUACAUAAAACACUGAGUUCUGUCCAAUACCUGCUCUCUACUCAGAUGUAUUAUGAUAUUUACACAUAGAAAUAUUUUAUAUUUGAUAUACCUUCCUUUAUUGUUGAAUUAAAUUAUUGUCAUAUAUGAAA